AUGCUCUCCCUGUGCUUGUUCCUGCUCCCUUGCCUGAGCCUCGUGCCUCUGGCCCCGGCUGCGAAGGGACUGGAGUUCCCUCAGUAUGACGGGAAAGACCGCGUCCUAGACAUCAAUGACAGGAACUACAAGAAAGCCUUGAAGAAGCACAGCAUGGUAUGCAUGUUCUACCAUGGGCCCAUACCAGACAGCAAGGAGCAGCAAAAACAACACCAGAUGACAGAGUUGGUGCUGGAGCUUGCAGCUCAGGUCAUGGAGGAGAAGGACAUUGGGUUUGGAAUGGUCGACUCCCACAAAGAUGCAAAGGUCGCAAAGAAACUGGGCCUGAAGGAGGAGGGCAGUGUGUACGUUUUCAAGUCCGAUCGAGUAAUCGAGUUUGACGGCUUGCUCUCGGCUAACAUUCUGGUGGAGUUCUUGUUGGAUCUGUUGGAGGAGCCAGUGGAGGUGUUAGAAAAUGCUCUGGAGCUGAGAGCUUUUGAUAAGAUGGAGGAAGACAUCCGCCUCAUUGGCUACUUCAAGACCGAGGACUCUGAGCACUAUGAAGCAUUUAAAGAAGCUGCAGAGCAGUUUCAGCCCUAUGUCAAGUUCUUUGCCACAUUUGAGAAAUCUGUGGCCAAGGAGUUGACUCUAAAAAUGAAUGAGGUGGAUUUCUAUGAGCCCUUCAUGGAGGAGCCAGUCACCAUCCCGGGCAAACCUCACUCUGAGGAGGAGCUGGUGGAAUUCAUAACUAAACACAGACGAGCAACUUUGAGAAAGCUGCGUGCAGAAGACAUGUUUGAGACCUGGGAGGAUGACAUCGACGGCAUCCACAUUGUGGCUUUUGCAGAGGAGGAGGAUCCUGAUGGUUUUGAGUUCUUGGAGAUCCUGAAGGAGGUUGCAAGAGACAACACCCACCUACCUGACCUCAGCGUCAUCUGGAUUGAUCCUGAUGACUUUCCCCUGCUGAUCCCCUACUGGGAGAAGACCUUCAAGGUGGACCUGUUCAGACCACAGAUUGGAGUCAUCAACGUUACUGAUGCUGACAGCGUGUGGUUGGAGAUGGACGACGAGGAGGAUCUGCCCACCGCCCAGGAGCUGGAGGACUGGAUCGAGGAUGUGCUCUCUGGCAAAGUCAACACUGAGGAUGAUGAUGAUGAUGAAGAUGACGAUGAUGAUGAUGAUGAUGAUGAUGACGACGAUGAUGAAGAUGACGAUGAAGAUAAUGAUGAGGAGGAUGAUGAUGAUGAUGAUGACGAUGAAGAUGAUGAUGAUGAUGAUGAUGAUGAUGAUGAUGAUGAUGAUGAUGAUGAGUAA